AUGCACCUCCUCCAACCCCGUCUCAUCAUCCUCCUACUCUUCUCCCUCUCAACCCAAAUAUUCGCCUCUCUAACCGAACGCAAACUCUGCAUCAAAAAUGGAGAAGUAUGUCACCUCACAGGCGAAUCAUGCUGUGAUGGAUUCAAGUGUGCGCUCGCGCAUGGGGGGAAGGCAAAUGUGGGGUAUUGUACUGAGAGUGGGUUUUUGUUGCAGGAUUAUUAUCAGGUUAGGUUGCCUUGA